AGAGCCUCCCUGAUGUAUAUAUGCAGGUAGAGAGAACUGAAUUAGCCCUGCAAAAAGUAAUAUAAUAAAACUGAUUUGGGGAGCAGCAGUUCUUAUUUUUCUACUCUUGUGUGGGAAUGAGUUGCCAAUCUUUUACUUCGGCUGAUACCUUUAUACCUCUGAAUUCUGAGGCUUCUGCAACUUUGCCUCUGAUAAUGCAUCACAGCGCUGCCGAGUGUCUACCAGUGUCCAACCACGCCAGCAACGUGAUGUCUACAGCAACGGGGCUACAUUAUUCUGUUCCUUCUUGCCAUUAUGGAAACCAGCCAUCAACCUAUGGAGUGAUGGCAGGCAGUUUAACCCCGUGUCUUUACAAGUUUCCAGACCACGCUCUGAGCCAUGGAUUUCCUCCCCUACACCAGCCUCUGCUAGCGGAAGACCCCACAGCCUCUGAAUUCAAGCAGGAACUCAGGCGGAAAAGUAAAUUGGUUGAAGAGCCAACAGACAUGGAUUCUCCGGAAAUCAGAGAACUUGAAAAGUUUGCCAAUGAAUUUAAAGUGAGAAGAAUCAAGUUAGGAUACACUCAAACAAAUGUUGGUGAAGCCCUGGCAGCUGUUCAUGGCUCUGAAUUCAGUCAAACAACAAUCUGCCGAUUUGAAAACCUGCAGCUCAGCUUUAAAAACGCAUGCAAACUGAAAGCAAUAUUAUCCAAGUGGCUGGAGGAAGCCGAGCAAGUAGGAGCUUUGUACAAUGAAAAAGUGGGAGCAAAUGAAAGGAAAAGGAAACGCAGAACAACUAUAAGUAUUGCAGCUAAAGAUGCUCUGGAGAGAAACUUUGGAGAACAGAAUAAACCUUCCUCUCAAGAGAUCAUGCGGAUGGCUGAAGAACUGAAUCUUGAAAAAGAAGUAGUAAGAGUUUGGUUUUGCAACCGAAGGCAGAGGGAAAAACGGGUGAAAACAAGUUUGAAUCAAAGUCUGUUUUCUAUUUCUAAAGAGCAUCUUGAGUGCAGAUAAGAUUUUCUAUUGCAUAACAGCUACCCAACCCCAUUUCUCCUUCCUUUUUCUUCUCCAGAAAAACAGAACUUACUUGGGUGAAUUAAAAAGUAUUUUAUACCAAAAACUUCUAGUAUAACACUAUUUUUAUUGAAAAUCCAAGUUUAAAUUAUAUUAUUUUAAAAAUAAUUAUUCUCAGAAGCCAGAUUUAUAUUUUAAGCCAAAGAUACUAACUGGAGAAAAUGCAUGAACUUCCCUAUGUCUCUAUCUUCAGACACACAAACAUGAGUACGCACAUGGAUCUCUUAGUUUAAAAUUCCUCUUCUAAGGCAGUUUAUCAGAUUUUUAAUCUUUUAAUCAGUAAUUUAAUAUACCUAAGGAAUUUGACCAAGGAAAAUCCAAUUAGAAAAUUUGUUAAUCAGUAUUCUGCCUAUCACUAGCCCUAACAGUUUGCUUGGAUUAAAAGUUUUGAACUUCAGGGCCAGAGAUGUCUUAGAAUUUUAUUACUGGAACUUCAAUCAUCAGAAUCGAUACCUUUGAAGUUAAUAUUUAGGGCACAGAGCCCAAAGUAGUAUUUCAAGGGAUUUGCAAAAACAUUUCUGUAUAACCUGUAUAUUCUCAAAUAUAAGCUUUUUGAUGUUUAGUUAUAGAAAAUAUGUAAGCUGGAAAUAUAGCUCAAGUGGUCAAGUGCUUGCCUAGCGUGUACCAGGCCCUGGGUUAGAUCUCCAGCAUAAAUAAAUAGUUUAAUGGAUUCAUGUGCCCCAAACUAUUAAUCAAUAAGCUACAACAGAGGAGGAAAAACAACUAAAUUGUCUGCUGUUAUUUCUCCAAAGUAUGGGAAAGUGUCACUGCAGGCAUGCAAUCUUUGUUAAAUUAAAUAUAUUAUUAACAAUGGCUACAAACAUGAAGGGUGCUGCCUAAUUUUAAAAUAUGACCCAUUUUUGAAAUCUUAUAGCCCAGAACAUUUUAUGCACACACACACACACAUUUGGUAGAACUGAUUAGAAUCCAAUUAAUAAAAAAUCUGAUGUAUUGAACUUUUCAAUUCUGGGAAUGGCAUCUCAAAGAUAUUUACAGGAAUCAACUUCUUUGAAACUUUCAGCUCGAAGCACACUAUAAUGUGACAUAAAUGUAGAAUAGCAUAAUUUUACAAUUUGAAUGUAAAUCUGAUGGCAAUAUUUAUCUAAGUUACUUUAAUAAAGUGAACAUUUCAGCCAAAUUUUGCUUUAGAACACUUAAUAAAUUAUUAUUGUCAAACCUCCAUUUUUAUAAUUAUUAAAUACCUAGCAUUAGACAGGUCAAUUUUCUGAGGGUCAUGUAUGUAUAUGUGUGCAUAACCACCAGUUUUGAUCUAUUACUAAUAAGCACAGAUAUUACAAAUAAAAGAUAAUUUUCAAAGACCUGAUGAUCCACACUUAACCAUACACUUAACACCCAAGAAGUAUUACUUUUAUUCGAGUAAAUUUUAAAUUAUUUGACCAUGCAGGUGUUUUAAGUUUUUUCUCUGCUGAAAGCACUGAGGAAUUCUUUAGUUUGCAAUAGGUAGGGUCAGUACAUCCAUAUAUAUAUGCACUUUGACCAUGUAAAGGAGCAAAAUAUAAUGCAAUAUAAAUCUAGCUUAGUGAUAUUUUUAUUUUAAUUAUGAAUCCAGUGGUUGUUUAAUAUAAUCUGACUUUAUGUAAUAGAAACAAACGUAUGUGUGCGCAUGUGUUUAGUUCACCAUCAGUAUAAAUAUAUCCAUGCUUAGAUGGUAAUCAUACAUUUAUCCAUAAGGUCUAUCUUUUCAAGAUAACAUACAAUUAGCAUCAGGAGUCAUCAUUUCUCCCUAAAAGAAACUAUCUUAAAUGAAUGCUUAAUAUUGAAAUAACAAUUAUAUACUAAUUUAAAUAUUCAUGUGUUAGUUGUAAAUGUACUGGUUUCUACGUUACUCCAUUUAUAUUAAUGAGUCCUGAAACUAUUUUUUUUAUAUAGACAUUCUUUUAUAUAUUGACCUUUUAAAACAACAGAAAAGGAUUAAUGUAAUUUAGAAUCCUAUACUACAAUUAAGCAAAUGCCAAAUGUCAUUUAUUGUAUAGUAUCUAAGGGUCCAUACUUUUGGAAAUAUACAUCAAAGACUGAUGUCUUUGAUGAACAUUUCCAUUUUAUGUCCUUGUAAGUUUUACAGUGUUUUCUUCAAGAAUUCAGUAGAAACAUUCAUUGAAAUAGAAAGAUUUGUUACCCAUUUAUACUGAUCAUAUUUUAAACUUUACCUAGUUUACCUUCUUAUUUUUAAUGCUGGAAAGAAUCUGUCUAGUCAAAGGAAUAUCUGUAGUAUCAGAGAAUGGGAAGAUGUGUGUGUCUUCAAGUUCUUAGUGAGUGGUGGGGUACGUAUGGGGUAGCGAAAUCAGACUUUACAAUUCUUAGGCUUCCUUUAAAA